AGCUUAGGGCAUCGCUCGUCAUGGGCAGUCGACAGACAGCCACAGGCACUCUGGGGCCGGGCAAGCACAAGCCCACACAGCCACAAGCAUUGACAGCAGGCCUCGCGGGUCCAGCGAGAGUCAGGCCAGCGACAGCGAGGGCCACUCCGACUACUCAGAAGCACACACACAGGGAGCCCACGGUGGGAUCCAAACAAGCCAGAGGCACGAGCAGCGACCCUCCCGAGGCCAGCAGGGCUCCGGACACCCCCAGGUGUACUACUAUGGUGUAGAAGAAACCGAGGACGAGUCCGAUGCCCAGCAGGGGCACCACCAGCAGCAGCAACAGCAGCGGCAGCAGCAGCGGCAGCGGCACCAGCAUGAACAGGAACGAGAACAUGAACACCAACAGCCAGAGUCCAGCCACAGGCAGCAGGGGUCCAGUGGGAGAACGCACCGGGCAGCUCGCCAUGAACAGGAAAGCGACAGCACCAGGCAAAGGGGCUCUCACCAGGCGCACAGCUCCGCUCGCACCCAGGAGGAGAUCGCACGCGGAAGGUCUGGAGCCAGUGCCAGUGAGGGUCCGGGGCCCCAGAGGGAGGCUGCCAGGGACAGCUCUGAGCACGCCCAGUCCAGAAGGAGCGAGACCAUCAGCCGUGGACGCUCAGGACACUCCACUGGGAGAGCCCACGAAGACCGCCACGAGCAGGCAACAGACCGCUCUGCCCGCUCCGGGUCCAGGGGAGGCCAGGCCGGCUCCCACAGUGAGAGCGAGGCCUCCGGUGGUCAGGCCGGCCGCAGAGGCACUGCAGCCACCAGGCACACAUCUCGCCCCGAACAGUCUCCAGACACUGCUGGCCGGACCGGAUCCAGCCGUGGACAGCAGUCCGCCCAACGACAUGCUGACUCAACCCCGGGCAGCACAAGAACCGGCUCCAGAGGAAGAGGAGAGUCCCCAGCUGGCCAGCAGUCCCCCGACAGAGCCAGGCACAUCGAAUCCAGGAGGGGUAGAACCCGGGAGGCCAGCGCCAGCCAGUCCAGUGACAGCGAAGGCCAUUCUGGAGCCCAUGCCGGGAUCGGGCAAGGGCAGACCUCAACCACUCACAGGAGGGCAGGCUCCAGCUCAGGGAGCCAGCGGGCCUCUGCUGGUGGCCAAGCAGCUGACACCUCCAGUCGCUCAGGGGCCAGUCAAGGCCAGGCAUCAGGCCAGGGUCGUGCAGGGUCCCGAAGCAGGGAAGCUCAGGGCAUCGCUCGUCAUGGGCAGUCGACAGACAGCCACAGGCACUCUGGGGCCGGGCAAGCACAAGCCCACACAGCCACAAGCAUUGACAGCAGGAGGCCUCGCGGGUCCAGCGAGAGUCAGGCCAGCGACAGCGAGGGCCACUCCGACUACUCAGAAGCACACACACAGGGAGCCCACGGUGGGAUCCAAACAAGCCAGAGGCACGAGCAGCGACCCUCCCGAGGCCAGCAGGGCUCCGGACACCCCCAGGUGUACUACUAUGGUGUAGAAGAAACCGAGGACGAGUCCGAUGCCCAGCAGGGGCACCACCAGCAGCAGCAACAGCAGCGGCAGCAGCAGCGGCAGCGGCACCAGCAUGAACAGGAACGAGAACAUGAACACCAACAGCCAGAGUCCAGCCACAGGCAGCAGGGGUCCAGUGGGAGAACGCACCGGGCAGCUCGCCAUGAACAGGAAAGCGACAGCACCAGGCAAAGGGGCUCUCACCAGGCGCACAGCUCCGCUCGCACCCAGGAGGAGAUCGCACGCGGAAGGUCUGGAGCCAGUGCCAGUGAGGGUCCGGGGCCCCAGAGGGAGGCUGCCAGGGACAGCUCUGAGCACGCCCAGUCCAGAAGGAGCGAGACCAUCAGCCGUGGACGCUCAGGACACUCCACUGGGAGAGCCCACGAAGACCGCCACGAGCAGGCAACAGACCGCUCUGCCCGCUCCGGGUCCAGGGGAGGCCAGGCCGGCUCCCACAGUGAGAGCGAGGCCUCCGGUGGUCAGGCCGGCCGCAGAGGCACUGCAGCCACCAGGCACACAUCUCGCCCCGAACAGUCUCCAGACACUGCUGGCCGGACCGGAUCCAGCCGUGGACAGCAGUCCGCCCAACGACAUGCUGACUCAACCCCGGGCAGCACAAGAACCGGCUCCAGAGGAAGAGGAGAGUCCCCAGCUGGCCAGCAGUCCCCCGACAGAGCCAGGCACAUCGAAUCCAGGAGGGGUAGAACCCGGGAGGCCAGCGCCAGCCAGUCCAGUGACAGCGAAGGCCAUUCUGGAGCCCAUGCCGGGAUCGGGCAAGGGCAGACCUCAACCACUCACAGGAGGGCAGGCUCCAGCUCAGGGAGCCAGCGGGCCUCUGCUGGUGGCCAAGCAGCUGACACCUCCAGUCGCUCAGGGGCCAGUCAAGGCCAGGCAUCAGGCCAGGGUCGUGCAGGGUCCCGAAGCAGGGAAGCUCAGGGCAUCGCUCGUCAUGGGCAGUCGACAGACAGCCACAGGCACUCUGGGGCCGGGCAAGCACAAGCCCACACAGCCACAAGCAUUGACAGCAGGAGGCCUCGCGGGUCCAGCGAGAGUCAGGCCAGCGACAGCGAGGGCCACUCCGACUACUCAGAAGCACACACACAGGGAGCCCACGGUGGGAUCCAAACAAGCCAGAGGCACGAGCAGCGACCCUCCCGAGGCCAGCAGGGCUCCGGACACCCCCAGGUGUACUACUAUGGUGUAGAAGAAACCGAGGACGAGUCCGAUGCCCAGCAGGGGCACCACCAGCAGCAGCAACAGCAGCGGCAGCAGCAGCGGCAGCGGCACCAGCAUGAACAGGAACGAGAACAUGAACACCAACAGCCAGAGUCCAGCCACAGGCAGCAGGGGUCCAGUGGGAGAACGCACCGGGCAGCUCGCCAUGAACAGGAAAGCGACAGCACCAGGCAAAGGGGCUCUCACCAGGCGCACAGCUCCGCUCGCACCCAGGAGGAGAUCGCACGCGGAAGGUCUGGAGCCAGUGCCAGUGAGGGUCCGGGGCCCCAGAGGGAGGCUGCCAGGGACAGCUCUGAGCACGCCCAGUCCAGAAGGAGCGAGACCAUCAGCCGUGGACGCUCAGGACACUCCACUGGGAGAGCCCACGAAGACCGCCACGAGCAGGCAACAGACCGCUCUGCCCGCUCCGGGUCCAGGGGAGGCCAGGCCGGCUCCCACAGUGAGAGCGAGGCCUCCGGUGGUCAGGCCGGCCGCAGAGGCACUGCAGCCACCAGGCACACAUCUCGCCCCGAACAGUCUCCAGACACUGCUGGCCGGACCGGAUCCAGCCGUGGACAGCAGUCCGCCCAACGACAUGCUGACUCAACCCCGGGCAGCACAAGAACCGGCUCCAGAGGAAGAGGAGAGUCCCCAGCUGGCCAGCAGUCCCCCGACAGAGCCAGGCACAUCGAAUCCAGGAGGGGUAGAACCCGGGAGGCCAGCGCCAGCCAGUCCAGUGACAGCGAAGGCCAUUCUGGAGCCCAUGCCGGGAUCGGGCAAGGGCAGACCUCAACCACUCACAGGAGGGCAGGCUCCAGCUCAGGGAGCCAGCGGGCCUCUGCUGGUGGCCAAGCAGCUGACACCUCCAGUCGCUCAGGGGCCAGUCAAGGCCAGGCAUCAGGCCAGGGUCGUGCAGGGUCCCGAAGCAGGGAAGCUCAGGGCAUCGCUCGUCAUGGGCAGUCGACAGACAGCCACAGGCACUCUGGGGCCGGGCAAGCACAAGCCCACACAGCCACAAGCAUUGACAGCAGGAGGCCUCGCGGGUCCAGCGAGAGUCAGGCCAGCGACAGCGAGGGCCACUCCGACUACUCAGAAGCACACACACAGGGAGCCCACGGUGGGAUCCAAACAAGCCAGAGGCACGAGCAGCGACCCUCCCGAGGCCAGCAGGGCUCCGGACACCCCCAGGUGUACUACUAUGGUGUAGAAGAAACCGAGGACGAGUCCGAUGCCCAGCAGGGGCACCACCAGCAGCAGCAACAGCAGCGGCAGCAGCAGCGGCAGCGGCACCAGCAUGAACAGGAACGAGAACAUGAACACCAACAGCCAGAGUCCAGCCACAGGCAGCAGGGGUCCAGUGGGAGAACGCACCGGGCAGCUCGCCAUGAACAGGAAAGCGACAGCACCAGGCAAAGGGGCUCUCACCAGGCGCACAGCUCCGCUCGCACCCAGGAGGAGAUCGCACGCGGAAGGUCUGGAGCCAGUGCCAGUGAGGGUCCGGGGCCCCAGAGGGAGGCUGCCAGGGACAGCUCUGAGCACGCCCAGUCCAGAAGGAGCGAGACCAUCAGCCGUGGACGCUCAGGACACUCCACUGGGAGAGCCCACGAAGACCGCCACGAGCAGGCAACAGACCGCUCUGCCCGCUCCGGGUCCAGGGGAGGCCAGGCCGGCUCCCACAGUGAGAGCGAGGCCUCCGGUGGUCAGGCCGGCCGCAGAGGCACUGCAGCCACCAGGCACACAUCUCGCCCCGAACAGUCUCCAGACACUGCUGGCCGGACCGGAUCCAGCCGUGGACAGCAGUCCGCCCAACGACAUGCUGACUCAACCCCGGGCAGCACAAGAACCGGCUCCAGAGGAAGAGGAGAGUCCCCAGCUGGCCAGCAGUCCCCCGACAGAGCCAGGCACAUCGAAUCCAGGAGGGGUAGAACCCGGGAGGCCAGCGCCAGCCAGUCCAGUGACAGCGAAGGCCAUUCUGGAGCCCAUGCCGGGAUCGGGCAAGGGCAGACCUCAACCACUCACAGGAGGGCAGGCUCCAGCUCAGGGAGCCAGCGGGCCUCUGCUGGUGGCCAAGCAGCUGACACCUCCAGUCGCUCAGGGGCCAGUCAAGGCCAGGCAUCAGGCCAGGGUCGUGCAGGGUCCCGAAGCAGGGAAGCUCAGGGCAUCGCUCGUCAUGGGCAGUCGACAGACAGCCACAGGCACUCUGGGGCCGGGCAAGCACAAGCCCACACAGCCACAAGCAUUGACAGCAGGAGGCCUCGCGGGUCCAGCGAGAGUCAGGCCAGCGACAGCGAGGGCCACUCCGACUACUCAGAAGCACACACACAGGGAGCCCACGGUGGGAUCCAAACAAGCCAGAGGCACGAGCAGCGACCCUCCCGAGGCCAGCAGGGCUCCGGACACCCCCAGGUGUACUACUAUGGUGUAGAAGAAACCGAGGACGAGUCCGAUGCCCAGCAGGGGCACCACCAGCAGCAGCAACAGCAGCGGCAGCAGCAGCGGCAGCGGCACCAGCAUGAACAGGAACGAGAACAUGAACACCAACAGCCAGAGUCCAGCCACAGGCAGCAGGGGUCCAGUGGGAGAACGCACCGGGCAGCUCGCCAUGAACAGGAAAGCGACAGCACCAGGCAAAGGGGCUCUCACCAGGCGCACAGCUCCGCUCGCACCCAGGAGGAGAUCGCACGCGGAAGGUCUGGAGCCAGUGCCAGUGAGGGUCCGGGGCCCCAGAGGGAGGCUGCCAGGGACAGCUCUGAGCACGCCCAGUCCAGAAGGAGCGAGACCAUCAGCCGUGGACGCUCAGGACACUCCACUGGGAGAGCCCACGAAGACCGCCACGAGCAGGCAACAGACCGCUCUGCCCGCUCCGGGUCCAGGGGAGGCCAGGCCGGCUCCCACAGUGAGAGCGAGGCCUCCGGUGGUCAGGCCGGCCGCAGAGGCACUGCAGCCACCAGGCACACAUCUCGCCCCGAACAGUCUCCAGACACUGCUGGCCGGACCGGAUCCAGCCGUGGACAGCAGUCCGCCCAACGACAUGCUGACUCAACCCCGGGCAGCACAAGAACCGGCUCCAGAGGAAGAGGAGAGUCCCCAGCUGGCCAGCAGUCCCCCGACAGAGCCAGGCACAUCGAAUCCAGGAGGGGUAGAACCCGGGAGGCCAGCGCCAGCCAGUCCAGUGACAGCGAAGGCCAUUCUGGAGCCCAUGCCGGGAUCGGGCAAGGGCAGACCUCAACCACUCACAGGAGGGCAGGCUCCAGCUCAGGGAGCCAGCGGGCCUCUGCUGGUGGCCAAGCAGCUGACACCUCCAGUCGCUCAGGGGCCAGUCAAGGCCAGGCAUCAGGCCAGGGUCGUGCAGGGUCCCGAAGCAGGGAAGCUCAGGGCAUCGCUCGUCAUGGGCAGUCGACAGACAGCCACAGGCACUCUGGGGCCGGGCAAGCACAAGCCCACACAGCCACAAGCAUUGACAGCAGGAGGCCUCGCGGGUCCAGCGAGAGUCAGGCCAGCGACAGCGAGGGCCACUCCGACUACUCAGAAGCACACACACAGGGAGCCCACGGUGGGAUCCAAACAAGCCAGAGGCACGAGCAGCGACCCUCCCGAGGCCAGCAGGGCUCCGGACACCCCCAGGUGUACUACUAUGGUGUAGAAGAAACCGAGGACGAGUCCGAUGCCCAGCAGGGGCACCACCAGCAGCAGCAACAGCAGCGGCAGCAGCAGCGGCAGCGGCACCAGCAUGAACAGGAACGAGAACAUGAACACCAACAGCCAGAGUCCAGCCACAGGCAGCAGGGGUCCAGUGGGAGAACGCACCGGGCAGCUCGCCAUGAACAGGAAAGCGACAGCACCAGGCAAAGGGGCUCUCACCAGGCGCACAGCUCCGCUCGCACCCAGGAGGAGAUCGCACGCGGAAGGUCUGGAGCCAGUGCCAGUGAGGGUCCGGGGCCCCAGAGGGAGGCUGCCAGGGACAGCUCUGAGCACGCCCAGUCCAGAAGGAGCGAGACCAUCAGCCGUGGACGCUCAGGACACUCCACUGGGAGAGCCCACGAAGACCGCCACGAGCAGGCAACAGACCGCUCUGCCCGCUCCGGGUCCAGGGGAGGCCAGGCCGGCUCCCACAGUGAGAGCGAGGCCUCCGGUGGUCAGGCCGGCCGCAGAGGCACUGCAGCCACCAGGCACACAUCUCGCCCCGAACAGUCUCCAGACACUGCUGGCCGGACCGGAUCCAGCCGUGGACAGCAGUCCGCCCAACGACAUGCUGACUCAACCCCGGGCAGCACAAGAACCGGCUCCAGAGGAAGAGGAGAGUCCCCAGCUGGCCAGCAGUCCCCCGACAGAGCCAGGCACAUCGAAUCCAGGAGGGGUAGAACCCGGGAGGCCAGCGCCAGCCAGUCCAGUGACAGCGAAGGCCAUUCUGGAGCCCAUGCCGGGAUCGGGCAAGGGCAGACCUCAACCACUCACAGGAGGGCAGGCUCCAGCUCAGGGAGCCAGCGGGCCUCUGCUGGUGGCCAAGCAGCUGACACCUCCAGUCGCUCAGGGGCCAGUCAAGGCCAGGCAUCAGGCCAGGGUCGUGCAGGGUCCCGAAGCAGGGAAGCUCAGGGCAUCGCUCGUCAUGGGCAGUCGACAGACAGCCACAGGCACUCUGGGGCCGGGCAAGCACAAGCCCACACAGCCACAAGCAUUGACAGCAGGAGGCCUCGCGGGUCCAGCGAGAGUCAGGCCAGCGACAGCGAGGGCCACUCCGACUACUCAGAAGCACACACACAGGGAGCCCACGGUGGGAUCCAAACAAGCCAGAGGCACGAGCAGCGACCCUCCCGAGGCCAGCAGGGCUCCGGACACCCCCAGGUGUACUACUAUGGUGUAGAAGAAACCGAGGACGAGUCCGAUGCCCAGCAGGGGCACCACCAGCAGCAGCAACAGCAGCGGCAGCAGCAGCGGCAGCGGCACCAGCAUGAACAGGAACGAGAACAUGAACACCAACAGCCAGAGUCCAGCCACAGGCAGCAGGGGUCCAGUGGGAGAACGCACCGGGCAGCUCGCCAUGAACAGGAAAGCGACAGCACCAGGCAAAGGGGCUCUCACCAGGCGCACAGCUCCGCUCGCACCCAGGAGGAGAUCGCACGCGGAAGGUCUGGAGCCAGUGCCAGUGAGGGUCCGGGGCCCCAGAGGGAGGCUGCCAGGGACAGCUCUGAGCACGCCCAGUCCAGAAGGAGCGAGACCAUCAGCCGUGGACGCUCAGGACACUCCACUGGGAGAGCCCACGAAGACCGCCACGAGCAGGCAACAGACCGCUCUGCCCGCUCCGGGUCCAGGGGAGGCCAGGCCGGCUCCCACAGUGAGAGCGAGGCCUCCGGUGGUCAGGCCGGCCGCAGAGGCACUGCAGCCACCAGGCACACAUCUCGCCCCGAACAGUCUCCAGACACUGCUGGCCGGACCGGAUCCAGCCGUGGACAGCAGUCCGCCCAACGACAUGCUGACUCAACCCCGGGCAGCACAAGAACCGGCUCCAGAGGAAGAGGAGAGUCCCCAGCUGGCCAGCAGUCCCCCGACAGAGCCAGGCACAUCGAAUCCAGGAGGGGUAGAACCCGGGAGGCCAGCGCCAGCCAGUCCAGUGACAGCGAAGGCCAUUCUGGAGCCCAUGCCGGGAUCGGGCAAGGGCAGACCUCAACCACUCACAGGAGGGCAGGCUCCAGCUCAGGGAGCCAGCGGGCCUCUGCUGGUGGCCAAGCAGCUGACACCUCCAGUCGCUCAGGGGCCAGUCAAGGCCAGGCAUCAGGCCAGGGUCGUGCAGGGUCCCGAAGCAGGGAAGCUCAGGGCAUCGCUCGUCAUGGGCAGUCGACAGACAGCCACAGGCACUCUGGGGCCGGGCAAGCACAAGCCCACACAGCCACAAGCAUUGACAGCAGGAGGCCUCGCGGGUCCAGCGAGAGUCAGGCCAGCGACAGCGAGGGCCACUCCGACUACUCAGAAGCACACACACAGGGAGCCCACGGUGGGAUCCAAACAAGCCAGAGGCACGAGCAGCGACCCUCCCGAGGCCAGCAGGGCUCCGGACACCCCCAGGUGUACUACUAUGGUGUAGAAGAAACCGAGGACGAGUCCGAUGCCCAGCAGGGGCACCACCAGCAGCAGCAACAGCAGCGGCAGCAGCAGCGGCAGCGGCACCAGCAUGAACAGGAACGAGAACAUGAACACCAACAGCCAGAGUCCAGCCACAGGCAGCAGGGGUCCAGUGGGAGAACGCACCGGGCAGCUCGCCAUGAACAGGAAAGCGACAGCACCAGGCAAAGGGGCUCUCACCAGGCGCACAGCUCCGCUCGCACCCAGGAGGAGAUCGCACGCGGAAGGUCUGGAGCCAGUGCCAGUGAGGGUCCGGGGCCCCAGAGGGAGGCUGCCAGGGACAGCUCUGAGCACGCCCAGUCCAGAAGGAGCGAGACCAUCAGCCGUGGACGCUCAGGACACUCCACUGGGAGAGCCCACGAAGACCGCCACGAGCAGGCAACAGACCGCUCUGCCCGCUCCGGGUCCAGGGGAGGCCAGGCCGGCUCCCACAGUGAGAGCGAGGCCUCCGGUGGUCAGGCCGGCCGCAGAGGCACUGCAGCCACCAGGCACACAUCUCGCCCCGAACAGUCUCCAGACACUGCUGGCCGGACCGGAUCCAGCCGUGGACAGCAGUCCGCCCAACGACAUGCUGACUCAACCCCGGGCAGCACAAGAACCGGCUCCAGAGGAAGAGGAGAGUCCCCAGCUGGCCAGCAGUCCCCCGACAGAGCCAGGCACAUCGAAUCCAGGAGGGGUAGAACCCGGGAGGCCAGCGCCAGCCAGUCCAGUGACAGCGAAGGCCAUUCUGGAGCCCAUGCCGGGAUCGGGCAAGGGCAGACCUCAACCACUCACAGGAGGGCAGGCUCCAGCUCAGGGAGCCAGCGGGCCUCUGCUGGUGGCCAAGCAGCUGACACCUCCAGUCGCUCAGGGGCCAGUCAAGGCCAGGCAUCAGGCCAGGGUCGUGCAGGGUCCCGAAGCAGGGAAGCUCAGGGCAUCGCUCGUCAUGGGCAGUCGACAGACAGCCACAGGCACUCUGGGGCCGGGCAAGCACAAGCCCACACAGCCACAAGCAUUGACAGCAGGAGGCCUCGCGGGUCCAGCGAGAGUCAGGCCAGCGACAGCGAGGGCCACUCCGACUACUCAGAAGCACACACACAGGGAGCCCACGGUGGGAUCCAAACAAGCCAGAGGCACGAGCAGCGACCCUCCCGAGGCCAGCAGGGCUCCGGACACCCCCAGGUGUACUACUAUGGUGUAGAAGAAACCGAGGACGAGUCCGAUGCCCAGCAGGGGCACCACCAGCAGCAGCAACAGCAGCGGCAGCAGCAGCGGCAGCGGCACCAGCAUGAACAGGAACGAGAACAUGAACACCAACAGCCAGAGUCCAGCCACAGGCAGCAGGGGUCCAGUGGGAGAACGCACCGGGCAGCUCGCCAUGAACAGGAAAGCGACAGCACCAGGCAAAGGGGCUCUCACCAGGCGCACAGCUCCGCUCGCACCCAGGAGGAGAUCGCACGCGGAAGGUCUGGAGCCAGUGCCAGUGAGGGUCCGGGGCCCCAGAGGGAGGCUGCCAGGGACAGCUCUGAGCACGCCCAGUCCAGAAGGAGCGAGACCAUCAGCCGUGGACGCUCAGGACACUCCACUGGGAGAGCCCACGAAGACCGCCACGAGCAGGCAACAGACCGCUCUGCCCGCUCCGGGUCCAGGGGAGGCCAGGCCGGCUCCCACAGUGAGAGCGAGGCCUCCGGUGGUCAGGCCGGCCGCAGAGGCACUGCAGCCACCAGGCACACAUCUCGCCCCGAACAGUCUCCAGACACUGCUGGCCGGACCGGAUCCAGCCGUGGACAGCAGUCCGCCCAACGACAUGCUGACUCAACCCCGGGCAGCACAAGAACCGGCUCCAGAGGAAGAGGAGAGUCCCCAGCUGGCCAGCAGUCCCCCGACAGAGCCAGGCACAUCGAAUCCAGGAGGGGUAGAACCCGGGAGGCCAGCGCCAGCCAGUCCAGUGACAGCGAAGGCCAUUCUGGAGCCCAUGCCGGGAUCGGGCAAGGGCAGACCUCAACCACUCACAGGAGGGCAGGCUCCAGCUCAGGGAGCCAGCGGGCCUCUGCUGGUGGCCAAGCAGCUGACACCUCCAGUCGCUCAGGGGCCAGUCAAGGCCAGGCAUCAGGCCAGGGUCGUGCAGGGUCCCGAAGCAGGGAAGCUCAGGGCAUCGCUCGUCAUGGGCAGUCGACAGACAGCCACAGGCACUCUGGGGCCGGGCAAGCACAAGCCCACACAGCCACAAGCAUUGACAGCAGGAGGCCUCGCGGGUCCAGCGAGAGUCAGGCCAGCGACAGCGAGGGCCACUCCGACUACUCAGAAGCACACACACAGGGAGCCCACGGUGGGAUCCAAACAAGCCAGAGGCACGAGCAGCGACCCUCCCGAGGCCAGCAGGGCUCCGGACACCCCCAGGUGUACUACUAUGGUGUAGAAGAAACCGAGGACGAGUCCGAUGCCCAGCAGGGGCACCACCAGCAGCAGCAACAGCAGCGGCAGCAGCAGCGGCAGCGGCACCAGCAUGAACAGGAACGAGAACAUGAACACCAACAGCCAGAGUCCAGCCACAGGCAGCAGGGGUCCAGUGGGAGAACGCACCGGGCAGCUCGCCAUGAACAGGAAAGCGACAGCACCAGGCAAAGGGGCUCUCACCAGGCGCACAGCUCCGCUCGCACCCAGGAGGAGAUCGCACGCGGAAGGUCUGGAGCCAGUGCCAGUGAGGGUCCGGGGCCCCAGAGGGAGGCUGCCAGGGACAGCUCUGAGCACGCCCAGUCCAGAAGGAGCGAGACCAUCAGCCGUGGACGCUCAGGACACUCCACUGGGAGAGCCCACGAAGACCGCCACGAGCAGGCAACAGACCGCUCUGCCCGCUCCGGGUCCAGGGGAGGCCAGGCCGGCUCCCACAGUGAGAGCGAGGCCUCCGGUGGUCAGGCCGGCCGCAGAGGCACUGCAGCCACCAGGCACACAUCUCGCCCCGAACAGUCUCCAGACACUGCUGGCCGGACCGGAUCCAGCCGUGGACAGCAGUCCGCCCAACGACAUGCUGACUCAACCCCGGGCAGCACAAGAACCGGCUCCAGAGGAAGAGGAGAGUCCCCAGCUGGCCAGCAGUCCCCCGACAGAGCCAGGCACAUCGAAUCCAGGAGGGGUAGAACCCGGGAGGCCAGCGCCAGCCAGUCCAGUGACAGCGAAGGCCAUUCUGGAGCCCAUGCCGGGAUCGGGCAAGGGCAGACCUCAACCACUCACAGGAGGGCAGGCUCCAGCUCAGGGAGCCAGCAGGCCUCUGUUGAAGGUUCUGAUGGCUAUGAUUCUAUUGUUAAAUCUAAAUAUCUUAGUUUUAGUCAAUCACAUUGCUAUUAUUAUUAACAAUGAGCAGCAAUUUGCAACAGAUUAAAUGCUGAAAUAUAACCUCAAACAUAGGGAUUGUUCAUUUUAGUAUUUGGGUUUUUGGUUCCUUAUUAUCCUUAAUUCAUAUCAGGUAUUUCCUUUUCCUUUAUAGUUCCCUUUACUCUAUCAAUAUUUUGAGCCUAAAUCCUGAGUUUUCGUAAUAGAUAUUUCUUAGGAUCAAGAAUUUAAUUUUUAACCUCAUGUUGUUUCCUAUCAUAGUUCUUUCUUUCGUCUUUAAAAUGUUUAAUUUGGUUCAUUGAAGACUAGACACAAUUUUACCCAAAAGUUUUAAAAUACUCAAAAUUUAUAAUGAGUCUUUUGUAUGCAUAAUGCCCUGCCUGCACUAGGAGUUUAUCAUGUCUAUCCUUUGUACUCCUAAAAUCUGUACUUUCUUCUUCAAUCAUUUAAAUCCCAUUGGACAUUUCUAAUUCACCACAGUAAAAUUGUAUAAUAAUUGAAAAUAAACAAUUGGCUA